AUGCGGCCGCGGCGUCACAAGUGUGAACCAACAGCUCUGAGUGAGCGAGCCAAGUUUGUGAGUAUGUGGGUGGAAGAUGCACAAGCAAGAGCAUUAACAGAGGGCGCUAUGCUUGACGCUGUGUUGUCAACAGAGAUGCGUCCUCCUUGCUCUGUUUUUAUCAUCACAGAUGACAGCACAUCUACCUCUCCUACCAACACUCUGCGGCAGGUGUCAUGGUGCGUGACGGUGGUCGUGGUGAGUGACGAUACUCUUUUCCUGACUGCCUUCGCUGAGUGGUCCCUCAAGGGUCGUCUUCAGGUGUGGUCAACUAGGUUCCUCGUCGUCACUCGUUUGAACCUAAAUCAACUGCAGUUCCUCCACACGACUUUCUCCAUGACAAACUCCAUGUUCCUUAUUAUAGAAGAAUCUUCAGGGAACAUCAAGUGCAAUAUAUACAUACAUUUACCGUACAGUGGCAGAAAUUCCCAGGCUCUUCAGGUAGCCACCUGGACGACCCACCGAGGCCUUGUUCUUACCUCUCAUCUCCUGCUCUUCCCUGACAAGUUCUCCAGAUUCCUUCACCGACCAACUCUUCAGGUGGCCACAGAAGUCAACCCACUGAACGUACUGACUGACGAGGAGGAAGCUUCUGUUCCCUCAGGAAAAAUACUCAAGUUUAAAGGACCAGCGGCUGAGGUUGUGUCAUAUCUCUCAGAGGGAGUUAACUUCUCGUACUUGUACGUGAGGCCGCCAGAUAGUUCUUGGGGAAUUAAACGCGAAGAUGGAACCUGGUCAGGGAUGGUAGGCAUGGUCGUCAGUCAGGAAGUAGAUUUUGCAGUUGGUCCAUUCGGUAUUAGUGAACUUCGAGCUGAGGUGGUUGACUUCACCGAGGCAAUAUUUAUAGACUAUUGGAGGAUUCUGGGUGCUCGAGGACGUCCUGAGGUAGACCCUUGGGGCUUCCUCUUCCCACUAACGCCAGUGGUGUGGGCGGCCAUCCUAGUGGCGCUGCUGGUGCUUCCUGCUGGAGUGUUAUUUAUGGCCUCCCACUUCCCACUUAAGACCGACAAUCAAAAUAAUAUGCUCCCAGAUACAUCUUCCUACUUGCGUGUUUUGUUGCAACAAGAUAUGUUGCAACCAUCGCCAGGGACGUGGUGGGAGCGAGUUGUGUUGGUAGUGUGGGCGAUGGUGACGUUUGUCUUAACACGGAGCUACUCUGGUAACCUGAUGGCUCUUCUGGCAGUAAGAAAUAUACCUGAGCCCUACCAGUCGUUAAGAGCAGUGCUGGAUAACCCGUCGGUUAUCAUGAUCUGGGAGAAAGACUCUACCAACAUGCAGUACUUUAAAUCUGUCGAGUCUGGAAUAUACCGUGAGAUUGCUGAUCAGGAGCAGAAAGGUCGCCUCAUAUACAGGACUCUGCCAGAGUUCCCGGAGAGCACCGACACACUGGUGAGGCGCGGUGACCACGUUCUCAUGGAAGUUGAUUUCGGCUUAAAGACGCUCAUUUCUCGAGACUUUACUAAAUCUGGGCAGUGUUUCUUUUACGAGUCUAGAGAAGAAUUUAUGCCACUCGUGUUCGCUAUGGUCGGCCAGAAGGAUAGUCCAGUAGUUCCAGCUCUGAGCAAGAGGAUAAGGGCGAUGACUGAGGCAGGACUCUUCCUCCAAUGGAUGAAAAACGCCGAACCAAACUACACCGUGUGUUAUCAUGCACCUGCAAAAAUCACAGUUGAAACGCCCCUUUCUCUUAACAAUAUCUGGGGAAUGUUUGCUGUCUUCAUUUCCGGUCACGCUCUUAGUUUGCUUGUGUUCUUCCUAGAGUUCCUCAUCACCAAAAUUAAUGCAAAUCUGAUAAAUAUACCCUUAACUACUGACGACAUAAAUUAA